GUUUAGGUAAGCUUUGGCCUUCGCUACAAUCCGUUUCCAUCUGCGCUUCUCCGCACCCAUCCCGUCACAUGGGUUCCUGAUACCUUUUUCACAGGCGAUGGUCUGGUCGCUGGGGCCUAGUUGGUUCGCUGUUUCCGUAGCUUGCAUCCCUUUCGAGAGCAAAGAGCUCCUGGGGGAAGGAAGGGAAGCUAAGGGGGGACCCAAUCCAAGAUGGUGUCCUCGGCGCUAUUGUGUUCGUUUUGCUCCCUUCUUCCAAUGGAUUCUUCUCAUAUUGGAGGCCUCAGCAUCAAUGAGAGGCGGCGUUCGGCGUCCCUUGGUCUUGUUAUGGCAGAGAACGAUGUGGACAAUGAGCUCUUGGACUAUGAAGAUGAUGAGGUGGAGACAGCAGCUGGGGGAGAUGGGGCUGAGGCCCCUGCCAAGAAGGAUGUCAAGGGCUCCUAUGUCUCCAUCCACAGCUCUGGCUUUCGUGACUUCCUGCUCAAGCCAGAGUUGCUCCGGGCCAUUGUCGACUGUGGCUUUGAGCAUCCGUCAGAAGUCCAGCAUGAGUGCAUCCCUCAGGCCAUUCUGGGAAUGGAUGUCCUGUGCCAGGCCAAGUCGGGCAUGGGAAAGACAGCAGUGUUUGUCUUGGCCACACUGCAACAGCUGGAGCCAGUUACUGGGCAGGUGUCUGUGCUGGUGAUGUGUCACACUCGGGAGUUGGCUUUUCAGAUCAGCAAGGAAUAUGAGCGCUUCUCUAAAUACAUGCCCAAUGUCAAGGUUGCUGUUUUUUUUGGUGGUCUGUCUAUCAAGAAGGAUGAAGAGGUGCUGAAGAAGAACUGCCCGCAUAUCGUCGUGGGGACUCCAGGCCGUAUCCUAGCCCUGGCUCGAAAUAAGAGCCUCAACCUCAAACACAUUAAACACUUUAUUUUGGAUGAAUGUGAUAAGAUGCUUGAACAGCUCGACAUGCGUCGGGAUGUCCAGGAAAUUUUUCGCAUGACCCCCCACGAGAAGCAGGUCAUGAUGUUCAGUGCUACCUUGAGCAAAGAGAUCCGUCCAGUCUGCCGCAAGUUCAUGCAAGAUCCAAUGGAGAUCUUCGUGGAUGAUGAGACGAAGUUGACGCUGCAUGGGUUGCAGCAGUACUACGUGAAACUGAAGGACAACGAGAAGAACCGGAAGCUCUUUGACCUUCUGGAUGUCCUUGAGUUCAACCAGGUGGUGAUCUUUGUGAAGUCUGUGCAGCGGUGCAUUGCCUUGGCCCAGCUACUAGUGGAGCAGAACUUCCCAGCCAUUGCCAUCCACCGGGGGAUGCCCCAGGAGGAGAGGCUUUCUCGGUAUCAGCAGUUUAAAGAUUUUCAACGACGAAUUCUUGUGGCUACCAACCUAUUUGGCCGAGGCAUGGACAUCGAGCGGGUGAACAUUGCUUUUAAUUAUGACAUGCCUGAGGAUUCUGACACCUACCUGCAUCGGGUGGCCAGAGCAGGCCGGUUUGGCACCAAGGGCUUGGCUAUCACAUUUGUGUCCGAUGAGAAUGAUGCCAAGAUCCUCAAUGAUGUGCAGGAUCGCUUUGAGGUCAAUAUUAGUGAGCUGCCUGAUGAGAUAGACAUCUCCUCCUACAUUGAACAGACACGGUAGAAGACUCGCCCAUUUUGGAAUGUGACCGUCUGUCCUUCAGGAGAGGACACCAGGGUGGGGGUGAAGGAGACACUACUGCCCCCACCCCUGACAGCCCCCACCCCAUGGCUUCCAUCUUUUGCAUCACCACCACUCCUGAACCCCCAUUUCUGAUUUGUCAGAAUUUUUUUUUAACAAAACUAAAAAUGAAACACAUGUGUCUGUGGUAUCUAUAA